AUGAAUAUCAGUGCCAUUCUGGGUUCUAUAUUAAAGUUGCUUUACUCAUAUUUGUUUUGUUUGUUUUCAGAGAAAAGAAUAGCAACGUAUCUAAGUGCAAUAGGGCUGAAAUUUCUGUCUACAUAUCGCUCAUGUGGAACUUACAUUGCAUUCCUCACCAUUCUCAUUACAGUAUAUCUGGUGACACCUAAUUAUAUUUCUUUUGGGUACCUUUUCUUCCUUCUGUUCUGGAUCAUUGGGAGACAACUUGUGGAGAAGAUGAGAAAGCGCCUAUGGUUUCCCCUAAAAGUGUAUGCAAUUGUAGUGUUUAUCUUCAUUUAUAGCUUGAGCAUUUUCUCCAGCUUCGAGACAUGGUUGUCUAGAAUCAUUAAUCUCUAUCCCAACUUGGGCUAUAACCCACAAGCCUCAUUAUUGGAGAAUGGUUGGGAAUCCCUGGCUGUUUUAAUUGUCAUGCAACUUUAUAGCUAUGAAAGGAGACAGAGCAGGCACAAUGGAUUAGGUGAUCCCCAUCAAUUGGAACAUGGAUCCUGCAGUUUUCUCAGAAGAUUGUCAAUUUGGCACGGUGAUAAGAUCUUAUAUCUUUCCUUGUUCUAUGCAUCGUUAUCUCCAAUCAGUGCAUUUGGGUUUCUGUAUCUUCUUGGCCUAGUCACCUGUUCAACUUUACCUAAAGUUUCUAGGGUUCCAUCCAAGUUGUUCUUAAUUUAUACAGGAAUCUUGGUAUUAACUGAGUAUCUUUUCCAGAUGUGGGGUAAACUGGCUGAGAUGUGUCCUGGUCAAAGGCACUCUACUUUGUCCCUUUUUCUGGGUUUUCAGCUACUUAAGCCUGGAUUUUGGGGUCUGGAAUCGGGAUUGAGAGGGAAAGUUCUUGUGAUAGUUGCUUGUACCCUUCAGUAUAAUGUCUUCCGUUGGCUAGAAAGGAUGCCAAGCACUCUUGUAAAUAUAGGGAAAUGGGAAGAGCCUUGCCCACUUUUCAUCUCAAAUGAAGACAAGCCACCAGAUAUUUCUGUUUAUACCGAGGAAAGUAGCCCAUCAAAGUCAUCUCCAAAACGAAGGGCUGUAACAAGCAAUUCAUGGCCAUCUUUGAGCUCUGGUAUGUUUCAAGGACAUCCUCCUGUGUCCUCUGAAACAGAGCCACAAGGUAGUGGCACCAGAAAAUAUUCAUUUGAGUAUAUCUGGGGAAGUUCUAGAGAAAGUAAUAAGUGGAAUAAGAAGCGGAUUCUUGCCUUGAGAAAGGAGAGGUUUGACAUGCAGAAGGAUACUUUAAAAAUAUAUUUGAAGUUUUGGAUAGAGAACUUAUUCAACCUCUUCGGCCUUGAGAUUAACAUGAUUGCUUUGCUUCUUGUGAGCUUUGCUGUACUGAAUGCCAUCUCCAUAUUAUAUAUUGUGUCCCUUGCAGCCUGUAUCCUUUUGGACCGGCGUGUUAUCCGUAAAUUCUGGUCCAUAUUUGUUUUCUCAUUUGCUACUGUUCUGACUCUUGAAUACUUGGUUAUAUGGAAGAAUCUAGUGCCUUGGAAUCAUGAUGUUCCUAGUGAGACAAACAUGCAUUGUCAUGACUGCUGGUUGUGCUGGAGAAGUUCGAAGCUUUAUUUCAACUACUGCAAGAACUGUUGGUUAGGUUUUAUUGUUGAUGAUCAUCGAAUGCUUAUCAGCUAUUAUGUGGUUUUCAUGCUUGCAUGUUUCAAACUCCGUUCUGAUAAGUUAUAUGGCUUCUCCGGUUCACGGACAUAUCAUCAAAUGAUAUCUCAACAUAAGAAUGCAUCAGUUUGGAGGGAUCUCUCAUUUGAAACUAAAAGCCUAUGGACAUUGCUAGACUAUCUGAGGCUUUACUGCUAUUGCCAUUUAUUGGAUCUUGUUCUUGCUUUAAUUCUAAUAACUGGAACUCUUGAGUAUGACAUUCUGCACCUUGGUUACCUUGGUUUUGCUCUCGUAUUUUUCCGAUUGAGACUUGAGAUACUGAAGAAGAAGAAUAAAAUCUUCAAGUUCUUGCGAAUGUACAAUUUUGCUCUUAUUGUUCUUUCCCUAGCCUAUCAAUCUCCUUUUCUGGGGGACUUCAGUGCUGGGAAGUGUGAAACAAUUGAUUACGUAUAUGAGGUCAUUGGAUUUCACAAAUAUGAUUAUGGGUUUCGGAUAACUUCAAGAUCUGCACUAGUUGAGAUUGUCAUUUUUAUGCUGGUAUCUCUGCAAUCAUACAUGUUUGCUUCCCAGGAAUUUGAUUAUGUAUCAAGAUACCUUGAAGCGGAGCAGAUUGGGGCCUUAGUCCGUGAACAAGAGAAGAAAGCAGCAUGGAAGACAGCACAGUUGCAGCAUAUUCGUAAGUGUGAGGAACAAAAACACCAGCGCAACUUGCAAGUGGAGAAGAUGAAGUCUGAGAUGCUCAACCUGCAAAUCCAGCUUCACAGUUUAAACUCCACUGGAAACUAUGAUAAUGCUGGUCCUGGAAAUGAGGGCCUCAGAAGAAGGAGAACUUCUUCUCUAAGCUCAAAUAGAGGGACUGCAACCCCAGAGAAUGAAGAAGGUUUUAUCAGGAGGCAGGAUCUGAAUAACAGCACAGACUCACUAUUCCAUUUUGAAAUGCAUGAUUCUCCUAGAAGUAUAAAAACUGAAAGCUCUAGAGCAGCUGAGUCUGCUCAAAAUUCAAUGGAUGAAAUCACUGAACUUGAAGAAAAGGGUGCUAAUAGUGCAUUUUUGGAUUUAGGCAGAAGAGAGAAGGGAAAAGGCCAAGCGAAGGGCAACCCAUUAAAAUCUGCAGUUCAGCUCAUUGGUAAUGGUGUUUCUCGAGUACAAUCAUUUGGAAAUCAGGCAGUGACCAACCUUGUGAGCUUCUUGAACAUAGCCCAAGAAGAUUCAGAUUCUAAUGACUACUACUCCUCUGCAGAGGAUGGUCUGUAUGAUGAGAUAGAGAGCCAGAAUAUAAGGUUACAGAGCCAGAAUAUAAGGGUUGAGCGUUUGGAUCGAACAAUGUCCCUACAAUCUGGAAGUGAGAAGACCAUAUCUGAAGCUGCAAGCCCACAAAUAGGAAGAAUCUUCCGUUACAUAUGGUCCCAGAUUCGUUCUAACAAUGAUUUUGUGUGUUACUGUUGCUUUUUUCUUGGCUUCCUAUGGAACUUCAGUUUGCUUUCGAUGGUCUAUCUUGCAGCUCUUUUCUUAUAUGCCCUAUGUGUAAAUACUGGCCCAAGUUAUAUUUUUUGGAUUAUUAUGCUAAUCUACACAGAAGUCUAUAUCUUGCUUCAAUACCUGUAUCAAAUCAUCAUCCAACACUGUGGGUUGACCAUCGAGUGGAGCCUGCUGCAGAAAUUAGGAUUUCCAUGUCAUAAAAUUACAUCAUCUUUUGUUGUCGGCACUUGGCCUCUCUUUUUGGUAUAUUUAUUAACCCUCCUGCAGAGCUCAAUAACUGCAAAAGAUGGUGAAUGGAUGUCAGUUACAGAACUUAAAUCUUUUAAGAGGAGAGUCCUUUACCAGGAAGAGGUUCUUGUGAGUUCUGGUUGGAGUGGUAGAGUUCAGCGGUUGCUUUUACCAGUAAAAAAUGUCACAAGAAUGAUCAUACGAAUCUUAUGUAGAUAUUGGAAAUCACUGACACAAGGAGCAGAAUCUCCUCCUUAUUUUGUGCAGCUUUCAAUGGAAGUUAAAUCGUGGCCAGAUGAUGGGAUUCAGCCACAGAGGGUUGAAUCAGCAGUAACCAAGUUACUUAAGAAUGUUCAUGAUGAGAGAUGCAAGGAAAAGAACCCUAAUUCUCUCCAUUCUGCAAGCAGGGUUCGUGUUCAAAGCAUUGAAAGAAGUCAAGAAGACCCAAACGUGGCCCUGGCUGUUUUUGAGGUGGUAUAUGCUUCCCCUUUGACAGACUGUCCCCCAAAGGAGUGGUAUAAGUCUCUAACUCCUGCAGCCGAUGUAGCAAAGGAAAUUCUUACAGCUCAACAUCUAGGGCUUGUUGAGGAGAUAGGAUUCCCUUACCCUAUACUCUCUGUGAUUGGCAGUGGAAAAAGAGAGAUUGAUCUUUAUGCCUACAUAUUUGGUGCAGAUUUGACAGUCUUCUUUUUGGUUGCCAUUUUCUAUCAAUCUGUCAUUAAACAUAACAGCCAAUUUCUUGAGGUGUAUCAGCUUGAGGAUCAAUUCCCAAAAGAGUUUGUGUUUAUAUUGAUGAUUCUAUUUUUCUUGACUGUGCUUGAUCGCGUUAUUUACCUAUGUUCAUUUGCCACGGGAAAAGUUCUAUUCUAUCUUUCCAACCUCUUCCUCUUUACAUACUCGGUCACAAACUAUGCUUGGUACAUGGAGUCUUCACGCCUACAUGCCGCAGGAUUAGCACUUCGGGCUAUCUAUCUCACAAAGGCAGUUUCUCUGGCACUACAGGCCAUACAAAUACGAUAUGGAAUUCCUCAUAAAAGCACUUUAUAUCGGCAGUUCUUGACGAGCAAAGUCUCACAGGUUUAUUACUUGGGCUUUCGACUUUACCGUGCCCUGCCUUUCUUAUAUGAGUUGCGAUGUGUACUUGACUGGUCAUGCACGACCACAUCUCUGACAAUGUAUGACUGGCUGAAGGUAAUUUAAUUGUAGUCUUAUCUUUCUAUACAUUGAUCUUUCUAUAUUUAGUUUAACUGCAUGAGUCUUUGUUUCUUACUCCUGCUACUAGUCUUGCUGUUAAUAUUGGUCGAAAAUUGCAUGGUAGCUUUGAUGGAUGGGACAUACGAUCACCUGAUCUGGUGCUCUAUGGUUAAGAGAUCUAUAUGGCUGGAUCCCAGUUAUAGUGGAUAGAUGCCAGCUGUUGGAUAGACAAGUUCUUCCCAUACUCAUGCCCUUAUAUGUGUGUGACAAUAUCAAGAGUAUAACAACCAGUAACCAGAGAGGAAGUGAGAAAGAAGAGACUGCUGAGAAUAGUGCAGUCGAUACCCCAGCAGUCCCCAUUUAUAAUCUUGGAUUACAAGCUGGGUUUCUUUCUUAGAUAGUGAAAGUGAAUCCUAGACAAGAUGCAAUAUUAGAUUC